GUGAUGCUCUUUUCUUCUUCCCUCGCAAUUUCGAUUCCACCAUCGUCACCGAUUUUGGUUGCAAUUUCUACUCUCUUCAACCUCAACCUUCUAAAUUCCCUCACUCUCACCGGAUUGACUUCAAUGUCCUUGGAACCUCCACUACUACUAUUAGUACUCCCCUCAUCAAAGAAUCCGCUGGAUUAUCAGACGCUCCUCUUCCUUUCCUUUCUAAUCCUUGUGUCUCUUCCAACUCCAGUGGUGAGCCCCCGAACAAAUCGCAUUACUCCGUUUUCAUCAUUAUUCAUUUGGUGGCUAAAUAUUACUCAUGGGACGUUUCUAGAGAAUGCAAGACCAUGUUUGAGUGAGAAAUUGGUCUCGAUGAAAUUGAGAGUUCAAUGAACAGCACAUACAAUGCAAGUAAAUCUACCUACUCAAACCCAUCUUCUAUUUCUAAAGCAGAAGGGCUUUCGGUGGCUGAAACAAGUGAGUGAUUAAGUUUUUU